GGCGCGGGGGCACGGCCACCGGCCCGGGUCCUGCUUCUGCACCUGCGGCGCCUCCUUCCCCACCCGCGGCUCCAUUGGGAGCCCUCAGGAGGGUGCGGGGUCACCGCGGUGCAGACGACGAGGGCCCCGAGCGCGUGGGAGAGGAGAGUCCCAACCUACCUCCAGAGACAAAAGCGUGUUUGACAUCCCUCCUCUGCCCGGCCUGUCUGUGUAUACGUGUGUGUCUAGUCAACGAAUCCAGAAAGUUCCAGGCGAGUGAAACCUGUAUGGAUGAACAGAGACAGGCUUUUAAAUACGCCUACAUCUUUUUUUAAAGUGGAGGUGCUGGGGAUUGAACCCAGGACCUCAUGCAUGCUAAGCAUGCGCUCUACCACUGAGCUAUCCGUCCCCCACUUCUUACUCUGUUUUAAUCCCAAGUGGUACAUAUUCUGGAGCUCCAAGGCCUAUCUGAAAUUGACUGAUUUACUCCCCCCCCUUCUUUUAAACAUAAACUAAAGUUACCAUUGAACAGACCCAGCCAUGGAAGGCAAACCAUUGGUGGUAUCAAAACAGAAGACUGAAGUGGUGUGUGGGGUACCAACCCAGGUGGUCUGCACGGCCUUCAGCAGCCACAUCCUGGUGGUGGUGACCCAGUUCGGGAAAAUGGGGACCCUGGUCUCUCUGGAACCCAGCAACGUGACCAGUGACAUCAGCAAGCCUGUGCUCACCACUAAAGUCCUCCUCGGGCCGGACGAGCCUCUCAUCCACGUCUUCGCCAAGAACCUGGUGGCGUUCGUGUCUCAAGCAGCUGGAAACAGAGCAGUCCUCCUCGCCAUGGCAGUGAAGGACAAGAGCGUGGAGGGGGUGAGGGCCUUGCAGGAGGUGAUCCAGACGUGCCAGGUGUGGUGACCUGGAGUGGCCACGGAUGCUGCCCGGCCGGGCCAAGAGGAAGUGCCUCUCUCGAGGAUGUGAGGACCCUCCUUCGGUCAGAAGGAGGCGCCUUCUUGGGCUUUACCCCUGGAAGCUGGAAGAAAUAUGCAGACUUUGGUUGCUCGUGUCACCCUCGGAGGGAGGAGGCCGUGGACAUGUCCUGGGGAGGUUGUGAACGGUUCUCCGCGGGUCCAAACAGUUGCCCGUAUUUGAGAAUUGACCAUGAGUCAUGGCCUUCCAUGUGCAAAUCAGUUGUUAGAGAAAAAUAAUUUUUUGUUAAGAAUAAGUGCAUAUCCCCAAA